AUGACUAACCCUUGCAAAGCCUUCACCAGUGGCUCCCUCUCCUCUUGGGAGGUGUCAGGGAAGAUGAGCAGAGGAAAAGCAGCCAGCACGUCCCCGGAUCGCCUGGGCCGCUGCAGUCCCGACGGGGCGGCCAGCAAUGGCUACAGCUCUCUCAGCCUUCACGGGGAUGGUGGAUACCGGUGCUCCUCCUACCCCUCCUUCUCCAUCAGCAGGACACUUCUGGCCCCCGUGAACCUUGAUAUCGAUUCAGACUUCCAAGCCAUACGGCAGCAGGAGAAAGAGGACAUCAAGCUGCUCAACAACCAGUUUGUGACCCUAAUUGAGAAGGUCCAGUGCUUGGAACAACAGAACAAGGUCCUGAUGACAAGGUGGAACUUCCUGAAGGAUCAAGACAAUUCCCACUCCGAGUCAGACAUCAAGGCCAUCUAUGAUCAGUACAUGAGCAAAAUGAAUCAAGAGAUGAAAGCGCUCAACUACGAGCAGGAAAAUCUCGAGUCGGAGCUGACAAAGGUCCUGAGCACCAUGGAUAACUUUCGAAGCAAAUAUGAGGAUGAAAUUCGCCUCUGUAGCGGCAUGGAAUACACCUUCAUGGAGCUCAAAAAGCUCUGCCAGGGUUCAGCUCUCCUGCCAUGUAGUUUUGUUGACUACUUGGUAUCUCAGUCCUAUUCUCUCUUUGCUAUUCAGGAACUCGAGGAGCUGCUGACAGAAAUUAAGGACAUUUCUGUUGUACUGGGAAUUGACAAUGCAUGCAAACUUGAUCUGAGCAGAAUUGUGGAAGAAGUGAGGGCCCAGUACGAAGCCCUGGCUCUUCGGAGCUGGGAGGAGGCUGAAGCACUUACCAGGAGAAAGCUGAACGAAGGAAGCACCCAGUCAGGCACCUAUGGGGGUCACCUCCUUGACAGCCGACGGGAGAUCGCAGACCUGAACAUACAGAUCCAGAAGCUGAGGUCCUGCAUCGUGUCCCAAAAGAGCCAGUGCCUGCACUUAGAGGAGCAUAUCAAAGAAGCAGGGGAGCACGGCGAGGUGGCCCUCAAGGAUGCCAAAGCCAAACUGGUCAAGCUAGAAGCAGCCCUCCAGAAGAGCAAGGAGGAUAUGGCUCACCUGGUGAAAGAGUAUCAGGAGCUGAUGAACAUCAAGCUGGCACUGGAUGUGGAGAUCCUCACCUACAGGAAGCUGAUGGAAGGGGAAGAGAACAGCAUGGAGCAACCAAUACCCACAGUCAUCAGCACCGUCCUCUCCAGACCAAAGCACCUUUCUGCCAGCACCUUGAGAAACUCCAAGCUGUUUGCCAGAGGAACAGGCAGCACCAACGGUGAGACGAAGGCCGACGGAGGCAGCACAAAGAUCCUGCCCUCCAGAAGCCACAGCGAGGGCUCAGCGACACCUGAAGCAGAGGCCCUCAGCAGCAGCGUCCGGCCAAAACUCAGUUCCCUGCCCGCUGAAGAAUGCUCCUAAGAGAACUGGAGCCCUGCAGCAUAAACACAAGACCCAUUGGCAUCUGUAGCCAAAUGAGGCCAAAGCACUUUCUCCUGAACUCAAGCCAAUGUCCGAGGACAAAGGAUGAGACUCCAGGCUGUCUCCUUUAAGUUUGUCUUUACAACGUCCCAGUUAAAAUCUCUGUUACCAGUUACAAGCAGAAACCAACCCAGGAUUUUAGAGACUCUCCCACUCAGAUACUCACACCAACAUCAUCCUCUCUAGGUCUGUUUCCCCAGAGGAUUUGCAUUCACCAUCUUUGAGAUCUACCUAUAGGAAACUUGGCAGGAGGGGAAAGUAUUACUACACAAGCUUUUAACACAACAGCCAGAAGCCAUCAGCCCAGCCAUUUUACCAGUAUUACAAAAUCAUUCUCUCUGCUCUUUCCCUGCUCUGAGUCUGUGAGGUGUCACUGAUGUGGCUUUUGGAGGAAGGCUGGUGGGGAGGUGCAGGUAAACACCCUGAGCUAGGUACAUCUGCGACAUCCGGAUUUGUAUAUCUGAUGACAAACAUGCCAGGGGAGCCUGGGCCACUCCAGAGUAUUUAACUCAUUUUAGUGCCUUUUGGGUGACCCCUCAUUCCUUCCCAUGCCACCAAAGCUAAAACUUCUCCAAACUUUUAUUUUCAGAAGCCAUCUCUAACAGAGCAUCUCCGUCUGUCUCAUGUAAAGGCACUCCAGACUCCACGCACAGUGGUGCUCGGUCCUAGAAAUGGGAUAUUGGUUCCCAUUUCAAUGCAAGGAGCAGGACUUGUCUUUGUAUUUAUUGAACUCACACAGCAGCUUUUACCUUACCCGGCUGAUACCAGCCAGUGCACACCAGUCAGGUCACACCAAAGCUACCAGAGCCAACUCUGUAGAUGUCGUGUCCCCCUGCGAGCAAGAUGGGGGCGGGGGAUGUUCUGGCCUCCACGCAGACAUUUCUGUGGCCUUCUUGCGCAAACUAACAUAGACAGUGCCCUGCAGUAUUUUCCUUUACGAGGCCAGGCUCUGGCCUCAGCCACUGCCACGCAGCCCCACUUGAGUUCCCAGAUUUUGAGUUCCCAGGGAGUUGUUAAUAGUCUCUUGGCAUAUUUCCACAUUGCUGUAGGAUAGACAACUGCUGUACCGUCUCUGUAACCAGAACACUGGCUCUCUGGGGUUAUGGCUGUUAUAAUAAAG